AGCAGCAUGCCCGAGACACCCGUGACGGUGCGCAUGCGGAAGAGCAUCAACGAAGCGUACCCUGCGCCGUCGCCGCGCACGCGGCCCCACAGCCGCAACUCGUGCUCGCAGGUGACAAUUCCCGAGAUCGAAACGGACGCGACCGGCGACAUGCUGACCGAAGACCUCGCGCGGCUCUACUCGCUCGAGAGGAACGAGCUGCGCUUUGGCGACACGAUCGAGCUCCACGCCAUGUCGGCCUUUGAGUCUGCAACCAAAGACGCGCCGAUCGGCUUUAUGCGCUGGUCGCCGUCCUCGGACGCCAAGCACAUGCAGAAUGUCCUCGUCGUGCCACCGAUCGACCCAGCGCUCUUCUCUGUCGCUCGCUUCGUCAUAAUGCCGACGCGCGACGACGUCAAGAGCAAGCUCCACAAGACCACGCUGCGCUACGACGCUGAAUUUGUACUCGAACUUUCGCCGCAAACCGCCGCCGAGUGCACCAACACCCGGCCCCCGAAAGCCAAGUACUCGCUCAGCAACAAGACUCCGUCGACAAACGACUACAUUUCGGCGCAGCCGCGCCAGGUCAAGGUUGCGGACGAGACGCACAUUGGCAGCAAAGGCGAGUUGCACGUGGUCUUGCGCAAAGCGAGUGGCAUGGCCGACAUGCCCGUCCAAGACGGGGACAUGCAAGUGACAUUGCACGUGACCAACUCGAACCGCAAUCGGACGAGUCUCAACAACAACGUGGUGCAAUUUGCCCUCGACACAGGAACGUCCGGCGCGUACUUGUGCUGCGACCGCAAGAAAAGCGUCUUUGGCUUUGCAAAUUCCCGGCCCAGUACCAAACCAAUUCUCUUUCGACUCGCCAAGGUCAAGACAUUUUCCUAACUUUUUACUGCUUUUUACCAAU